AUGCAAAAACAUGUUUUCCUUCGAAUAGUUGGAGAUCUUUCAAGUAGUGAUAACUACUUCACCCAACGAAUUGAUGCAGCCAAUAAAGAAGGUAUAUCACCGUUAGCAAAAUGUACCACAACAAUGCGAAUGUUAGCAUAUGGUGUGGCAGCAGAUGCGGUCGAUGAAUACAUUAAAAUAGGAAGUAGUACAACAUUGGAAUGCUUACUUAGAUUCUGCAAAGGAAUCAUACGACUCUAUGAGGAAGUGUAUUUGAGAGCACCAACCCAAGAUGACCUGCAAAGAAUACUGCAUGUUAGUGAAAUGCGGGGGUUCCCAGGGAUGAUCGGCAGUAUUGACUGCAUGCACUGGGAGUGGAAAAAUUGUCCUAAAGCAUGGGAAGGUCAAUUUACCAGGGGGGAUAAGGGAACCACCACAGUUAUUCUGGAAGCAGUUGCAUCUCAUGAUCUAUGGAUCUGGCAUGCCUUUUUUGGAUGUCCGGGAACGUUGAACGAUAUAAACGUUCUAGACCGGUCACCAGUGUUGAUGAUGUGGAACAGGGAAAGGCUCCGAGGGUGA